GCCGUCGGCCACGAUCAGCAGAGCGCCAGUUCGUAUCGGACCUCCGUCGUAGUCGGAUCGUAACGUUCUGUCGCGCUGUGCUCCGUUUUCUCUCUCUUCUCUUCUCUCUCUUCUCUCUCUCUCUCUCUCUCUCUCUCCCCCUCCUCCCUCUCUCUCUUUUUCUCUAUCUUCUCUUCCUCUGUCUCUUUUACCUUUCUCUCUCCGUCUUCCCCCCUCGCUCCCGUCCAGAUCCCUCCCUCCCGUCACCCCCGCAGUCCGACCGCCCGCUCCCCAUCAACGACCACCGAGUUCCGCCCAGCGGGAAGCGCCGAGCUUUUCCCCGAACAAGGCGCGUCCUCUCCCUCAUCGGUGUUUCACCGUGUGUACGCGCUCGUGUGUGAAGUGUACUUCGCCGAUCGAAAGCGAGAAGAAUAGCGACGUAUGAUCGGCUCCGCGGGGCCGCCGGCUGUUCCCGUCGUUCCCCGUCGCAUCGGUGUACGUCGUACGUACUUCGUACCUCUCUCGUCGUCUACGUCGGCAGUGCGCGCCUUGGAUACGCGUCACGCAUGCACGCAUGGACAAGCAACGACGACGACGACGACGCGGCACUGCCCAAUGAUGGCCGUGCCGGGCAUCACCGUUGACGUAGUGAUGUAUUAUUAGUGGUGCGCGUCGCGGGAAAGUGUGUGCCGCCUCUCUCGCCGCGCUCUCGCCGUGCUCUCGCUUCUGUCUCUUGCGCGUGUAAUCUCGCGUCCGCCGUGUCUCGCGAACGGUGCGCGGCCGAUAAAUCACGCGGAGAGUGUGCCCUCGUAGCCGGGGAAUCAGUGAUCGUAAAGCGAAGGGAAGGCACGAUACGUUACACGUAUUUCGGCCCCAUCUCUCUCGUGUGUGCGCGUGAGUGAGAGUUUCAUAUCAGUGCAACGACGGUUUUACGGUUCUCUCUCUCUCUCGCUCUGUGGAUUAUCAUAUUGGAUAUUACUGGUACGCGCCUGCCUGCCUGCCUGCCUGCCUGCCUGCUUGCUUGCCGACGACGACGACGACGACGACGACGACGACGACGACGACGUUGCAGCCACGGCCCACGUCCGAGACCGGCCACCACGAGUGAUCGAGAUCAGCUACGCACCGGUUCCAGCGUCCAGAUUCCGCCUGGCAAAGUCACCGCCCCUCUCCUGUCGCCGGUGGUGUCCCGUGAGAGAAAGGAAGCGCGGAGAAACGACGGGGAGACCUUCCCUCUGGCAAUUACCGGCUUCGAUCCUUCACAUCGGCCGCCGAGGAACGGAGCUGCCUGGUCGAGUUCGGAGAUAAGGUUCGACGAAUGGGAAUUUAUACGUCCUUCGUCUUUCGUCCCUGAAGCGGCUCUCUCACACGUUAUGCUGCAGUCUGCGUAACGAUCGUCCGACGUGUAUGGCACUGCAAUGAACAAGAUGCAGAGACAAAGCCGGCGCGGUUCGGAGGUGGAGGUUGCGCUUAUGCGCCCCGUAAGCACAGCUGGCUAAUAGCCACGGAGCCCGUCCCCGACACAUCCCGCAGCCACACCAGAAUAGCAGUCGGCGUGACAUGGAUGUGAGCUUCACGAACGUGUUAGAGGGGGCUCGCCAGUACUUCCAGGGAUUGCCCGUGCCGAGUACAGGUGGUGGAGCCGCGUCGGUGGACCACGGCCUCGCGACUUCCUCGACUAAUUCCGCCUCGUCCACGUCGACGACGACGCACGAUCAUGGCGCUUCGUCGCAGCCGGUGGCGGCACAAGCGACUCAGUCGAUUUCGACCUCCAGCAACGGCAACAGUGGCAGCAGCGGCAACGGCAGCGGCAACGGGAACAGUAUCCAAGAGUCGACUCGUUACUCCGCCGAUAUUAGACCGUCGUCGGUGGAGAGCGGUGCUACGAGUUCCGGUAGUUUCUGGAAUCCCCACGUGGAACCUUACCCGCCGCAGCCGACCAAGGUCGAGGUACCGGACACGAGGCCGGGUGAUGAAGGCGCCGCCAUGGAGCCCAGUUCCUCCUCCACCAUCACUUUAACCGAGAUGCAGCCUUCUAAUCACCAUUCCUCUUCAUCCUCCUCCUCCUCCUCCUCGUCGUCCGCCGUCGCCGCUGCAGCAUCGUCGACGAACUACUCGCAGAGACCUCCGACGUCGUCGACUUCCUCCUCCGUCGACCACCACCAUCACCACCAUCACCAGCACCAUCACCAACCGCACCACCCGCCGACGUCGAACCCGACGUCGCAGCUGCAGCACAUGCAGCAGCCACCCCAGCCGCCACAUUCCCCCGGUCCCGUGUACCAGCAGCUCAACAGCGUCAGCAGAACGUCCUUCACCGCGGCGGAGAUGCUCGCGUCAUCGCACACCCCGACCUACCAGACCGCCAACGACCGGCAAUCGCAGCCGAUCGUCGCGCAGAGGACUCAGUACUAUCCGCGUUACCACCACCCGGACAUCACCAAAAGCGCGCCGGCACCGUUCUCGCAGAACUCCAUCUACCAGUCCGCCAACGUGACGCCAGCGUCCACGAGCUCGAUCCAACAAUCCAGCACGAGGCCGACUGCGGUGGAACAGAGCAACGCGUCUGGGCUCGUCCAGUCGCACUGUCUACCGGAGCAGCAACGGCUGACAGCCACGUACGGCAACGUGCCGCGGUCGCUGAGUCCUGUCGGCGGCUCCACGGUGUACGGGUUGGACUCGUCGUCCUCUCAGAGUUACCGCAUGGCUCAGCACCAUCAGUCAAUCCGCUUAGCGGCUUCCGCGAGCGUCAGCGACAGAUCGCAUAACUCGGACGCAGCGGUCUCGCACUCUUCCAUCGGCGCCGUCGCUUUAUCCUCCUCCUCCGCCGCCUCCGCCUCCUCCUCCUCCUCCUCUUCCUCCUCCUCCACUUCGUACACCUCGUCGCCGGUGUGUUCCUCGGCCAACCCGUCGGCCAGCCCGCGUCAGCUCAGUGGCAGCUCCUCCGGUCACAUUCCUUCGUCGCAGUCGCAGAAUCUUCCGGGGCACAUUCCUUCGCCGCAUCUGCCGUCCGCAUCCGCGGCGCAUCAUCAUACUCAGCAGCAGCAGCAGCAUCAGCAUCAGCAUCAACCGUCGCAUCUGCAACAGCAGCAGCAGCAGCAGCAGCAGCAGCAUCAUCCUAGUCGUAUAAACCCAUCGCCGCACUCGCUCAACCCCUCGUACGGGGGUCGCUCGUUGGUCGCAGCCCCGCACGGCGCCUCGCCGUCGUCCUCAGCCGCGGCGAGUCACUCGCAGCAGCAGAUGCCACCGCCGCCGACGGCGAAUCUGAGCGGCUACCACACGGGCGUCACGACCCCAUCGCCGCACGACUCGACGCACCACGCGACUCCGUCGCCUCACCACGCCACCCCGUCGCCGCAUCACGCCACCCCGUCGCCGCACCGGCAGUCGCCCCACGUGUCGAACUUGCACAAUCCCCACGCGUCGCCGCAUCACACGCCGUCGCCGCACAGCGGCUUCCAGCCGCACUCACCGACUUAUCCGCCGCCACCUCCUCCGCAGCCGCAGCUGCAACCUCCGCCUCCGCCUUCGUCGGCGCCGAGCCGGUCGACCUCGCACCCGUACAGCCUGCCGGCCGUCACUCAGCAUUAUCACACCCCGGUGACUUACACGAGCAACCCCUACGCGCCACCGCCGCCGCCUCCCCCGCCGCCGCCGCCGCCGUCGUCUCCGUCUUCGUACCAUUCCUUCCAGAAGAGCCCAGCGCAGUCCCAGGGGAGCUACUACUCGCAGCCCAGUCGAUCUCACAGUCAGCCAUACAGCAUGCAGCAGAUGUUGGCAUCAUCGGCGCAGACGGUAUUCCCCGGCAGCAACAGCCUGGCCAGCACAGCCUACCAGCAACAGCAGCAGCAGCAGCAGCAGCAGCAGCAGCAACAGGCCAAGCACGUGACAUACAACGGCGCGGACGCGAAGAGGAGCGCGAUGGACGUGGUCGCGGCUCCGUACGGCGCGAACUCCCAUCGCACGGCCGCCGGUUCCGUGCAGAGAAGCAGCAACACGCACAACCUGCCACCCAUCGCCGCUCUCUCGUCGUACCAUUCCAAUAGGAGCCGGGAGCCGGUGAGUGCCAAGGCGGCGCAGUCGGUGCAGCGUCAGCGGGCGCACCCGACCAGCAGCAGCGCGACCAACCAGGCCAAGGUGCCCGGCGCGAUGCCGCCGGCCUCGUCGAUCGCCAUGCACCCACAGAGGCACGUCGAGUACCCGAUCACGCCGGCGCUGAUGAACCACGCGAUCCCGGUCAACGGCAGGACCACCACCGUCACGAAUUUGUCGUACGGUAGCCGCUACGGCGGCCAACAGAGCUACGCUCCGUCGUACGCCACGACGAUGGCGCCUAGUCAUCACGGCAGCAACUCGACCAGCAGCACCACGGUCACCUCCAUCGGCGGCGGUACCGCGAGGUCUUCCGGUCCGGCUGGUGCUACGAUGCACGCGUCUUAUCAUCAGUCUUCCGACGAGGCGGAUCGGCCGGCGGGGUCGUCCUCGUCGUACCAUCAUCACCAGUCGUCGAUUGGUAGUCGCGCGACCGACAGUUACGCGUACAAGGAUUACCCUUACCACAACUCAGCGUCGUCCAGCGGGCAAUCCGCCCCGCCUGGCGCUCUGGCCAGCUCUGCGUCGUCCAACAGCGCCGUGCGGAAGCGGGAGUCUCCUUUGGACCUGUCCGUGAAGACUGUCAAGACGUCCGCUGACUCUACGGCGCAGGACGACCUCGAGGCUAGCAGCACGGACAAGCACCAUGUGAGCAGCUCGAGUUUGAGCGGCAGCAGGAGCUCGAGCUUGAGCGGCAGGCCGAUGCAGCCGCCGCCGGCGGUGCAGCCAGCGGUGCAGCCGUCGCAGCCGUUAUACCCAUCGUCGUAUGAGUCGCGGUCGUCGGGCAAUAGCGGCUCCGGCAGCAUGAGGAACUCGAUGUCCUCGUGCAUCCGCACGUCCACCCCUCUGGCGGUCUGCGCGCCCAAGGUCGACUUCUUGCCGGACUUCAACUCGACGCCGCUGCGCCACCACGCUCAGCCACCGCACGAGAGUACCCUGCGCAGGAGCAGCGCGCAACAGCAGCUGUACGUUGUUCCAGCCUCGCAGGCGUUGCCGUCGCACCACGCCAACAACAGUAGCAGCAGCAGCACCCCAUUACCUCACAUGUCCACGUUCAAGAAGCGUCCACUGCCCACGACGCAGCUGUACGACAGCCUGUCGAUACCGCCACCACCACCGUCGUCUUCGUCGUCUUCGUCGUCCUCGUCGUCAGCUUCGUCGUACCCGCAGCCAAACGACUCCAUGUCUUCGAGGUUCUCCAAGUACCCGUCGAUGCUGGACCCAGCACGCGUCGGCUCGGCGGCAUUGCCCGCGCAGGAGUACCCGUACGACCCGACCAAGUAUUACUUGGACAGCAAGUGCAAGCUGAGUCCGCAGUAUCUGCAGCGUGAGCGAUCUUUCAAGAGACUGGGCGAGUCGUUACACGGCGGACCCAGCAAGCAACCGAAACUCGCUUGGCCGAUAUCCGUUGAUAAACCGAUCGAGCAGAAGCUGUCGGCUACGAGCGUCUUGAGCGAGCAACAGAAACGACAAGAGGUGAGCCUGCCGGUGGCUCUGCCGAACGGCGCGCUCAUGACUCCGGCCGCCUACGAACAGCAGAGGCUACCCGACAGCGGCUACUCCACGCCGGAAUCGUCGAGGUAUCAGCAAGCAUACUGUGAUAAGAGAACCUACCCGGACUCCAAGGUCGUACGAAGUUCACCGACUUAUGGCCACCCGGUGAUCUCGAAAGUCGCCAACGUUCACUCCACACCUCAACAUCUCAGCACCGUUCAGCCAACGUACACGAGCUACCGUCAGGCUCAGAAGAUGGCGUGUCCGCCGGUGGGGGCGUCCGGCGGCCAGCCGAUGGAUCAGCCUAGCAAUACCGGCGUCGACAAGAGGGUGUUGAACUUGCUGAGGAGCAAUUUGGAGAACAAGCAGCAGAGAGAGGAGCAGUUGAACAGCCAACAGCCUAUCUUGGUCAACCACAGUCAGCAGAGCUUCCAGAACAAGGUCGUCGCGCCGGUCGAGCCGAAAAGCAACAUCGGCCGGCACAACCUGUCGCCAUUCACGGCUGCGAAUCUACUGGAGCGUAACAGCAACACGCCGCCGCAUUACAAGUUUCACAUGCCGCGGGCGGUAGACUCGAUCACGCAGGAGGCGGCGCCCCGCAGCCUGUACAGCUCGCGCCUCAACACGUCCGCCACGUUACCAGGCAAGGAGGCCCUCCUGGGACCUCGCGGCGCCGACAAUCAGAUCCAUCGCGACAAGGACGACGGUCUCGCCGCCAUCUUGGCCGCGAAGAUCAGGACGAAGGCGGAAUUGAAGCAAGUCGGGACCGGCCACUUCGCGACAAAGGCACCGUUCUUACCGCCUCAGGACGCGUCGCCGACGGCGAAAGCGACCGAUAGCGCGGCCUCGACGUCGACGCCGCAGUCUGGCUCGUCCGCGGGCAGCCCGCCGAAAUUAACGCGCGAGAAGACCACCUGCCUACCGCCCAGAAGACGCCUGUUCUCGAGGACCGAAGACGACAACAUGCCGGUCGCGGCGACGGUGCCCGUCGCGGCGGCCGUGGCGGCGGUGGCGUCCGCGGUGCCGGCCAGGGCGAGCGGCUGCAGGAGCUCCUCCGAGACGUCGGUCUUUGACUUCCGCGAGAGCGACUCGGAGGGCGAGAUGCCGGUACUCGAGCGGCAGACCCUGGAGGAGAUGAGGAGGGACAGGAAACAGCUGUCGAAGGUGCAGCCGCCGGUUCCCCUGAACGACGCCGUCUGUAUGAGCACCUCGACGGACCUGGUGAAGAUCGAGCUCAAGGAGAACGAUAAGAUCAACGAGGUCGAUCCGUUCUGGACAAAUACCUGUGAUAAGUUUAUGGAGCAAUUGCGUGAGAGGGAGACGAGGCAGCGAACACGUUUGCACGUCGGCGGUGGCGCGUCGUCGAAACACGAAGACGCGGCCGUUGAGAGCGACCGGGAUUCCGACACCAACGCGCCGUCGCAAGCUCAGAUUUGCCCCGGGAACAUCAAGAAGGAGCCAUCCUUCGGGAACCUGAGCGUUGAGGCCAAGGAUGAUGAGCCGCCAGAAGGGAAACUCAAGGAAGACGGAGACGCGGUCUUCAAGGUCAAGACCGAGGCCGUGGAGGCCGCCGAGCUGAGCAAGGACGACGACAAGCACUCGAGCGACGAUUCGGACGAAGUGCCGUUGAUUAAGAGAGCGACGAGGCACAAGGCGAUCAAGAAGGAGGACAGCGACGGCGACGAGGAGGUGAUAUGCAGGAAGAGGCGGGUUCGCCGUGGCAGCAGGAUCAAACUCGUCUCGUCCAGCGGCAGCGAUUCCUCGAGCGAAGACAGCGACGGCAGCACCGAGUUCGGUCGCGGCUCUUCCGUGGCCGACAGGCUGCGCGCCAGGAAACGCUCGAUGAACACCUGCGAGGGCGAAGGGAUGAAGCUUCGUUCGAGGGACACGACUCCGCACAAGAUGAACAAUCCGGAGAAGGAGCCCAAGUUGUCUCCACCCAAAGGCGGCCCCUCCCAAAAGCGAAAGCCGAAGCCGUUGUUCGGCGACGGCAGCGAUUUUCGACCCGGUUGGGAGGAGGAGGUCUACGUAUAUAAGAAAUCCUUGAGGAUGCCCACUAGGUUGAUCACGGUGUCGAAACCGUCGCGUUUCCAUCGGCUGUCCACGUCGCUGCCCGACUUGGACCCCGGCUCGCCGGCGUUGUCCGUCUCGAUGGACAGCUCGGACUUUUUCCCGAGUCGUAAGAAGCUGAUAGACAGCGACAUAGAGUCCGACUACAGCUUCAGCAUCGCCGGUAUCGGCGGUAAGAUCGACGACGAGGAGGCCACUUCGUCCACGACCGUUUCGUGUCCAUCGAAAGCAAUGAAGCACUCCCGCUGCCCGGAGAACAGUUCCAUCGUUGACGUUCUUGCGCAGAAGGUCGGCAGCGACAAGAUCGAUUCCAAGAGGAAACUCAGCCCGAAAGGCAGCAAGGUCUUCAACAAGAGCAGUAACGAGCCCGAGCUCUUACCAACACCCAGUUUCACGCCACUGCUGUCGUCCGAGACGUCAUCUAAGAGCUCGAGGAACAAGAAUCCCUUGAAGAACAACAGGUCCUCGCUCAGGGUGACGGAUUCCAACCUGCUCGGCUACUUCCGCAAAGAGACGGUCAACAACUUCCGCGACGCGUUCAAGAACAAUCAUACGUUGCCCAACGAGUUCUCCACUUUGGUGCUGAAAAGCAGAACGAGGACCGAGACCAAGGUCCUGAAGAAGGAGGCGACGAUCCGCGAGGUCUUCGGCGAGGACAGACCAGCUUCGGCGCCGCCGAUGCAGAACCGCGACGACACUUCCCAAGACGACGACUCGCAAAACGAGACGCUAGAAAGCACACUGAGCAAGGCGCGCACGUUAAAGCAGAGACUAGUCUCCCGCCUGAAGAACAGCAGUAUUCAACGAAGUCGCAAGGUCAAUAAGGUGAUCGUCGAGAGGCAGAAUGACUUGCUCAAGUCGAUCGCGAACAAGACCCUGCGUCGCAUCAAGACCGAGUUGGAGGAGGAGGAGACGGUACAAGAGGAGACGAACGACGCCAGGGAGGAGGAGAAUAACGAGUUGGACGACGACAAGAACGACCCCGAGGCUCCCGGCAAAAAGAGACUGAAGCUUCGCACGAGCCGACGCAAAUUCCGCUCCGGAUUCGACUACAUCCGCAAGAAGAAGAAGCCGAUGAAGAGGGACGAGACCUUGCCGAAGGAGAAGAAGAGGCAAGUACUGUCGAGGCCCAAUCCAGAGUGCGUGGGCGACAUCCAGUCGGAAAUCAGGACAUGGGUUAUCAAGAAGGGAGUCGGCGAGACGAUCUUGCACCGUGCCGCCAGACUGGGUUACACGGACGUGGCCGCUUAUUGCCUGGAAAAGCUGAACAACAUACCAAGCCCCAAAGACAACGCUGGGUAUACUCCGCUCCACGAGGCGUGCUCCAAAGGUCACCUGGAGAUCGCGAAACUCUUGCUGGCUUACGGUGCAAACGUCAGCGAAAGCGCCAACGGCGGUAUCAGGCCAUUGCACGAGGCGGCGGAGAACGGUGUCACUGAGCUCGUACGGUUGCUAUUGUCCUACGGUGCUGAUCCACUAUUAGCUACUUACUCCGGACAAACGCCGAUGAUGUUGGCCGUUGACACCGAGGCUCACGCUAUUCUUGAGCAGCACUUGGAUGACGUUCAAGGUCGCGCCACCGUCCCAUGGUCGUUCUCCGCUACAAAUAUUGGUGUCGAUUCAGAGGAGACGGGCUGCAACCCGCUCGAUGAAGUCCCGUUGGGCAGUCCCGAGUCGAGCUUGGACGACGUCGAGAUGGAAGUGAGCGACAUCAAUCUACCCGCCCUGUUCACCCUGAAGAACGACUCGGAAAAGUGGGUGUUGCUUCACGACCUUAUGGCGAUCUUGAAAGUGAAGAGCCGCGACGCCCUCCUGCGUCAGAUCAAUCCGAAGGCCCAUUCUGGGCCGCCGGCGGUCGCCCAUCGCGAGGUUAUGCGCGAGCUGAAACUGCCGGACUUUCUGGAGCAGACGCGCUGCUGCCACUUGCUGAGCGGCGGCGAGAAGAUCAACGUGCGUGGCUCCAAGGUUACGCUCAUCAAGUACAACGACAAGGUCAAGUCCCUACUGAACGUGGAGAAACUGCUGAUUAGUCUCAGGUGACAGGAGGCGUCUCUGGGGCGAUCGUCUGCUCAAGCGAGACCGUCGACCUCGAUUCUUCCGGUCAAGGAGCACCAUAAGAAAAGCGAUGGCAGGAGCAGUGCCGCCGCUGUGAAGCGCGAACGCCAGCCAGUUUUCCGGCAACGGAAGCGAUAGGAGGAGACACGCGAUGAAAACCCGGCUGAUCGAUCGAUCGAUGAUGAUGAUUCGUGAGAUGCAACGUCGUGGGCAUCGCCAUUCGGUGCUGGAGAUCGAGUUGAGGAGGAGAACAAGUUCCUGUUACGCGCCGAGAGAAUUCGGACGGCCGACUAGCGCGUUCUGCUCAUCGGCGACAACGGAUCGUCCCGGAAGAGAGAGAGAGAGAGACAUCUGACGCAACGCUGAAGCCGGCGCUUGCACUUGCGUGUCUACAGACAUUCUCCGGCGUUCCUCUCGGUCCGCUUCGAAGGUAAAACCGGCGGCUUGAUCGGUAUCGACGAUCGAUCCUCUCCUCGCGAGAUCUUGUCUUGUAGUGCACGAAUAUGAGGUCUGACCGAUGAUAAGAGACGCGUACAAUCGGUUCCGUUCCUUCGCGCUCGAGAGCGUCGAAUUACGAGUCCGUCGAUUCUCCGUCACGCGCGCUCCGGUUAUCUCUGACGCGUGUGUGAUGGCACUUUGAGAAACUUCGAAGCUCGUACCGGUGCAAAUGUAGUUUUUAACGAAACGAUUGUCUACCUGACGCGCAGCUAAGAGUGAGGACAAUGGGAAAAUAGCUACCUGUGACAUUAUAUAGCAGUAUUUAAUUCGGAUACACGCGCGUGCAUCCAUAGAACGAUGAUAUUUUAUUAAUUCUCUUAAGGACUGAUUAAUUAAUAUCAGAAACGUUUGUUAACGUGUGACGCUUUUUAGGCGAAGAGAAAAAAAGAGGGAAGUAUCGUUUAUGAGGCGCAACGACAUGGGAAGCAAAAGAAAGACCUCUCGACCAGAGAGCUGUGAGAAAGAGUGCAAGAGACAGAGAGAGAGAGAGAGAGAGAGAGAGAGAGAGAGAGAGAACGAGAGAGUUUUUCUCGAGCGUCGUCGAGUCUCGGAAUGGUAACAACGUUAGUAGUAAUUAAUGAAUUAGCCUGGGAGAAAAGCGCGGCCGUCGUAUCGGAUAUAUUUUUAUCUCGCACGUGGCUCCGCGCGAGGUCUCUCCCUUUUUUUAAAUCUUUUCCUUUAGGGAGAAUCGUCCCGAGAAGACUCGUGGAACUGGAAUGCGCAUAGCAGCGCAUUUCAUAUGACGCUCCGUGUGUAUGUGUGUGAGAAGAUGCUUAUGCGUGCGUAUACGAGUGUGGUGAGUGAUGCGGUAUGCGCGCGUAUUAUAGCGUAGUUUUCCUCUUUGAACUCUAUUACGGAACGCAUCGUUACAUUUAGAAUACAAGGAUGAGCGUUUAGGAGACAGCGUGACAUCGAAAUUGCUGAUCAUGUUACCACGAUUUUUAGUCUUACAUUUCCGUUUUCUCCUGCCUGCCGUUUUUUACUCGAGGGAGUCGAAUGUUGUAUUUAUGAAGUUCACCAAUCGCGUUUCAUUCAUCAUUGGACACAUGCUGUAGGUGCUCUCGCGCGAAAGUGAUUUAGGUUUCAAUCCGUUGAGUCCGGAAUUACUAUUUCGCUCGUUUUAGAAGGUACUAGUAAGCACUAGUAAGCACUAGUAUUAACACUGUUAUUUGUUGACGAGUGGAAAGGUGUCUAAUCUAUCUCUCGACGAAGAAGAUCGGCUCACACAUGAGAACGUCGACUCUUGGUUCGAGAGAAGGAGCUACCCGUAUACUGUAGUUUCCGGAAUAGCGGUCAAUUUGAAUUCGAAUAAAAGGGAUGGACUCGGCGAACGUCGAUAGCUCAAUUCUAACGAAAUGGGAAGUGCAAUUCACUUGAAAUGAGUUUUCUUGUUUCUCCUUUCUUUUUUUGUUGAUUGUCUAUGUGAAUCGAUCGAUGUUCUUAGGAAUUAUAGAGAGAAAGAGAGUAUGUGUGUGUGUGUGUGUGUGUGUGUGUGUGUGUGUGAGUGUGAGUG